AUGUGCACACACAUAUACAUGCAUACACCUAAUCAAUUUCCGAACCUGGCUGGCGAUGAAUCCGCUGGUGAUGCUCAAGAUACGUUGGCAUCGUUUCAGCCACUUAUUAACAGUCAAUGCAGCGAACAGUUACGAUUUUUUCUCUGCUCCGUCUAUUUUCCUAUGUGCAACGAAAAAAUUCUACAACCAAUUGGACCAUGUCGUCCACUUUGUGAAUCCGUGCGUGACAAAUGUCUCCCGCUUCUAAAGGAUUUCGGUUUCUCGUGGCCUGCUCAGAUCGACUGCAACAAGUUUAUUUUAGAAAACAAUAAUGAGGAUAUGUGCAUGCGUGGACCGAAUGAAGAGGGAGUGAUUGCAAGGACACCAGAGGAACACGAUAAAGAAGAAUGCCCACCGGAACACAUCUACGUGAAUCGAAGUGGACGGUGCAUUCCGAUCUGCGCUGCUGGACAAGGCAUCAAACAAGCUGAUCGUGAAUCUGCAUCAACGGCGCUUUUCGUGCUGUCAACUAUCAGCAUUGUGAUGACCGCUAUUUGUGUGCUCACGUUUAUUCUCUCAAUACUUUUUAGUCGACACUGCUUAACCGCUUUGCCCGAAACCAGCCUUCUUUGGACGUCGUUGUCAUUUGCCCUGAGCUCAAUCGUGUACCUGUUCAGUCUUCUUUACCGUGAACAGAUCUCCUGCACCGAUUACUCGUCGCACUUGGUGUUCGUCGUCGGUGGCUUACCACAUACUCCUUGUGCUUGCGUUUCCACACUAUUAUACUACUUCGGUUGUGCUGGGCGCAUAUGGUGGUUGGUACUAUGUUGUACAUGGAAUCAACAAACAACUCGUUCCGGAAAUUUGGUCAGUAGCUUCAGUUUGAUCGCAUGGGCAUCGCCGCUAGGGCUAGUACUUCUCGCGCUCAUGGCACGAAGUACGGGCGCCGAUCCUCUGAGUGGGAUUUGUGUCGUCGGUGCCGCUAGCAAGGUGUGUUACUCUAACUGUCGAAAGGUAUUAUGCUUGAUUUUUGAAUCUAUUUCUAAUAAAUCUUACAAUUUAUGUUACUUUGUUAUACUAAAGAUAUUCAGGCUCUCAUUUGUCAAUGACGCUUGGCAGCCGUCAAUGCAUUGGAUGCGAAGCUGGAAUAUUGUCUCAGCAUUAAAGAUACUUAUCGAUCCGAUUCUAGGAGUACUAGCAGCAUCGGCUUGUUUGCUGCAUAUUAUCGUUAAUCUCUGUCGUGCCAUAAGGUCACCGGUGACAGAUAAGCACGGCUAUCAGCCGGCUGUGCCACGAAUUCCACAGCCGGCGAUUCCGGUUAGUGUUCGUUCGCACACCACGUACGCCACUACAACGCAGCGAUUGCCGAUUUGCUAA